AUGCUUCUGGAGCAUCAAUCUAGUUUCAAAGUUCUUUGUUCUUUCGCAAUGGCGCAAAAUGCCAUACUUUUAGCCACGGCGGGCGUCUUGUUUCUUGUAUACGUAGCUGGUCAAUAUCGCCGCCGCUCUAAACUCCCACCUGGACCACCGGGGCUCCCUUUGCUGGGAAAUCUCCUUCAAGCACCCAGUUCCUCCCCAUGGGUGAAGUUCCAAGAAUGGAAUCAACAGUAUGGCCCGCUUGUCAGCGUCACCUUUGGUAGUAACAUCGUGAUUCUUGUCGGCGACUACGACAUGGCCAAGGACUUGCUGGAUAAACGCUCUGCCACAUAUAGCGCACGUCCUCGUAUGGUUAUGGCCGGAGAGUUGAUGUGUAAAGAUCAAUAUAUGCUACUUCGACAACCCACUGAAAGAUAUCUGCUGCAUCAACGGUUGGAGUCUCCAGUACUGAGUUCCAGAGCUGCACCAUCAUACGAACCAAUACAAGAUAUGGAGAGCAUGGUACUGGUGCAUAACUUGCUACGGAGUAACAAUGUCAAGAAGUACCUGGAGAUAUAUGUCGCCAGCGUCGCUUAUAUUCUAAUGUACGGCUUCCGUAUCAUAACCAAUGAUGAGUGGCAGAUGCACGCUGCACACGAAGUAUUACAGAACUUCGUCAAUGCUGCGCAACCUGGUGCUUGGCUUGUCGACACUAUACCAGCGCUCCAAUACUUGCCUACGUUCCUCGCCCCCUUUAAAAGACACGCCGAGGCCCAUUAUCAAAAGACAACAGACCUACACAUGCGCAACAUGAAACAAGGCUUGGAUAGCAAGAGCUGGAACUGGUCAAAAGACUUUUGCGCCGCGAAAGAGGCUGCAACUAUGUCUCAAGAAGAGAUUGCUUGGGAUCUCGGCGUUUUGCAAGACGCAGCAAUCGAAACGUCAGACGUCUUCUUGCAAAUAUUUAUGUUCGCUUGCAUCUCCCAACCGGACUUCAUGGCCACUGCACAAAAGGAGAUUGAUGGAGUAGUGGGACCUGACGGAUCACGCAUGCCAGGCUUCGCGGACAUGGAAAGAAUGCCAUAUAUCAGUGCCAUUGUCGAAGAACUCUUUCGCUGGCGGCAUGUCAUGCCGGGUGGAGUCUCACACGCUUCAUCAAAAGACGAUUGGUACAACGGGUAUCUUAUUCCUAAAGGGGCAACUGUAAUCCCUGUGUGGAAGACAAUGCGCGAAGACACCGGCCGAUACGAGAACCCAGCGGAGUUCCGCCCGGAACGUUGGCUGGGGGUGAAAGGACAGCCAAAUAACUGGGGCUACGGCAGAAGGAUCUGUGCAGGGCGCCACAUCGCAGAAAGAACGGUUAAGAUUGCGGUGGCAAGAAUUCUUUGGGCGUUCCACGUGCGACCAGCCGACGGGAAGAAGGUUGCGAUGGACGAAAGCUUAUUUGCUGGAGGCUUUGUAUCAAACCCUUACAACCUGGAUGUUGUUUUUGAACCCCGAAGUGACACUCACAAGAUGGUUAUAGAGGAAAACUUCAGGACGGCGGAAAAAGACCCCGAUAAUAUCAUGGCGGGCGUUUUCGAUUCACAGAACAAGAAUGGGUUUAAGAUGAGGAGCACUUAGAUGCAUCAAUGCGGCGCGGAAGCAACAUCCAUGCGACAACCCAUGUCGUGUCACACUUUAUUCAACAUAUCUUAUUGAGUCCUAGCACACAGCCUUCCGCAUGCUCUUCUUAACGCGGCAUGUGUAGCUUGUAUUUCAGAAUUAAGAAGGGCUUUCCAAAGAGGAGAUGCAGGAGUUGGUCCCAUUUUUUAACAGGGGUUUAGUACGGGAACGAAUCAAUUAGAUAAUAAAGCCCGUGCGCCUACACUACUAGACUAUAAGUAAGUUAUACUAUAUAAAUCACCGCUACGCUUAAUCAUAGGCUCAUAAUGACUCAUCACUUUCGUAAUAACCACGGAACAUGAGCCCUGCCUAGAGCCCUGCCUAGAGCUCAACGGCAGAUUUAUUGUAUUUUUUAAUACGUAGUGUUUGUGCCGUAAGCAAUAUGCGAUGAUUAAAUAGUAUACUUAAUAAUAUGCUCAUACCACUAGUAAUAUUGAACUACUUGUUUUCAGCGUAUUUCUGUUUACAUGAAGCGUAGUCAGCGCUUAUUACAUAUGUAUCUAACUUACACGUUUCUAGGAGAGGUUAGUGUACAGAAAUGCGGCGUUUUGCUAUACAGUUUAGCAACUAAACCCAUCGAAACUAGUUCUAGAAGAUAGAUCAACUAUAGAUCGUUAGGCAUCUGCAUAUACGCGAGAUGCAUAAAUAGAUUUGCUUAUCUACGUUGUUGCUUGUCGUAGCUCUCAAUCUUUCUUUUCUUCCUGACUGUUCCGCUACUCUUCUAGUUACUAUCUUCCAGCGCUCGUGCGCAGCAAAGGUUGUCUUUACUUCUAGAACCAAGAGGGUAAAAAAAAGUGGACUUCUCUUUAGGGGUCUCGACGCCCUCUCUGAUCCAGAGUGUCAAGGUAUAAAAGGAGUCGGGUAUGGAAGUUUC